AUGCCUACCUGGACGAACCGGUCCAACUGUUCCUUCAACUGCAGUUGGGAUGAUAACGCGACAUACUGGGGGAUCGAGCAGCCGGUCAACAUCUUCCCCAUUCCAGUGCUAACCGGGGUCACCGUCACCUGUGUGCUCUUCUUCUUUGUAGGGGUAACGGGCAAUCUGAUGACCAUUUUAGUGGUGACCAAAUACAAGGACAUGAGAACAACCACCAACCUGUACCUGUCCAGCAUGGCCUUUUCGGAUUUACUCAUUUUCCUCUGCAUGCCCCUGGACCUGUACAGAAUCUGGAGGUACCGACCUUGGAAUUUUGGCAACAUACUUUGUAAACUCUUUCAGUUUGUGAGCGAGUGCUGCACAUACUCGACCAUUCUGAACAUCACAGCUCUCAGUGUGGAGAGAUACUUUGCUAUUUGUUUUCCUCUUAGGGCAAAGGUAGUCGUGACCAAGGGUCGAGUGCGAGGGGUCAUUUUGGUCCUAUGGAUAGUAUCCUUCUUUAGCGCGGGACCUGUGUUCGUGCUCGUCGGGGUUGAGCACGAAAACGGGACUAACUCGUGGGAUACCAACGAAUGCAAAGCGACGGAAUAUGCCAUCAGGUCUGGGCUCUUAACCAUAAUGGUUUGGGUCUCCAGCAUCUUUUUCUUCUUGCCUGUGUUCUGCUUAACUGUCUUGUAUAGUCUCAUCGGGCGAAAGCUCUGGAAGAGAAAGAGGGAGACGAUUGGAGAAAACGCUUCGAGUCGAGAUAAAAGCAAUAGACAGACAGUGAAAAUGCUGGCUGUGGUGGUGUUUGCCUUCGUGCUUUGCUGGCUCCCCUUUCACGUGGGUCGUUACCUGAUCUCCAAAUCCACAGAGAUGGGCUCUCCUGUCAUGUCCAUCAUCAGCCACUACUGUAAUCUCAUCUCCUUUGUACUCUUUUACCUCAGUGCAGCAAUCAACCCCAUUCUGUACAACAUCAUGUCCAAGAAGUACAGGAUGGCAGCUUGCAAACUUUUUGGACUACGUAACAUCCCGCGAAGAAGCACAUCGGUUGCCAAAGGAGAGAGUUCGCCAUGCUGGACGGAAUCUACAGCCAGCCUGUGA